UGCGCCCUCACCACCCCCAGACCCCAGCACGUGCAAAACACCGCCAACAUGAAGCUGAACGUCAAGAACAUCCGCUAUGUCACGCCCGACGACUGGCGCGUCCUCACUGCCACAGAAAUGGGCAGUCGCAACCAUGAAGUCGUGCCCACGUCCCUGAUCUCCCAGAUCGCCGGCCUGCGCUCAGGCACCGGCGCCAGCAAGAGCAUCUCCAACCUCGCCAAGAUCGGCCUCAUCGCCAAGGUCAAGAAUGCGAAAUAUGACGGCUACCGCCUCACCUACGGCGGCCUGGACUACCUCGCCCUGCACACACACACCAAGGCCUCGACUGUCUUCUCCGUCGGCAACCAGAUCGGCGUGGGCAAGGAGUCGGACAUCUUCGUUUGCGCGUCAGAGACAGGCCGGCAGCUGGUCCUGAAGAUCCACCGUCUGGGCCGUAUAUCCUUCCGCACCGUCAAGGCGAACCGCGACUACCUGCGCAACCGCAACUCCGGGUCGUGGAUGUACAUGUCCCGUCUGGCGGCGCUCAAAGAAUACGAGUUCAUGAAGGGUCUGCGGAAAGAAGGCUUCCCCGUCCCCGAGCCCAUCGGCCAGAACAGACACACCGUCAUCAUGGGCCUGAUCGACGCCUUCCCCCUGCGCCAGAUCUCAAAGGUCGGCGACCCCGCCGCACUCUACGCCGAGCUACUGUCUUUCAUCGUCCGCCUCGCCCAAUACGGUCUCAUCCACGGCGACUUCAACGAGUUCAACAUCCUGGUCGAGGAGAAAUACGAUGCUGACGACAAGGUCACGCUGAUACCCACCAUUAUCGACUUUCCCCAGAUGGUGUCCAUCGACCACGCCAAUGCAGAGUACUACUUCGACCGCGACGUAGCUUGCAUCAAGCGCUUCUUUGACCGCCGCUUCGGCUUCACCAGCGACGAGCCGGGCCCCUUCUUCAAAGACUCCACAAAGAAGCUCGUGAAGCGACUGGACGUCGAGGUCGAAGCUUCAGGUUUUAGUCGGAAGAUGGCCAAGGAGCUCGACAUGUACAUGAAGGAGCACGGCGUCGACGGCGACGCAGGGGAGAUCCAAGGUGACGACGAGGAAGCUGACGAUGACGACGACGACGACGAUGAUGAUGAGGUUGAAGACGUAGAUGAAGACGCCAACGAGGAAGGAGGCGUUUCCCUCGAAGACCCAUCAGCACCCAACACACAACUCGACUCCGCUGAACCCCAAACGUCACCCUCGACCCUCGCCUCCCAAAUGACCAUCCUCGACAUCCGCGACAACGACCCCCUCCCCUCCCUCAGCGAAUGCAAACCCACCCCUCAACCCACAAUAUCCACAAAAGCUGCAAAAAAGAAGGCUGGUUGGGCCAUCUGAACCAUGUCCUCUCUGUCUAUCCAUUCGUCUUCUUUUUCUACUCUUCCUUCUUUCAGCGAUACCCGGC